GUUUAUUUAGAUAUCGCCCAGUCACCCAUGUGGACCGAAUUCGACGAUGCUCUUCCUGCCCAUCUAAAGCACUUAUCAGAUAAAGUUAAAGGGUCAGUUUUCGCCUCCAAAUCCGACGGCACAGUUCGUACCUACUUGGGGGGAUUCAACCGUUGGAAACGAUGGGCWUCUCAAAAUGGUCUUCAACAUYUGCCCGCAAAUCCAUUUCAYGUWGCGGCUUACUUACAACUGUUGUUGCAGGAGGCUARCUCUCCGUCUCCACUCCUAACAGCAAUCUACAGCAUCGACUGGGUACACGGUUUGUCUGGCUAUCCAAAGGUUUCAACCCACAAGUUGGUAGAAUCGUUGACCGGCGCGGGGCAGCGUAUUUUAGCCAAACCCAAAUGUCGCAAAGAACCAAUCACGGCAGAGAUGCUACAAUCYUUGGCUCRAAAAUACAAAGAUAAGAAUWCUUUAUCUAUUUUACGUACUMUAGCCUUAUGCCUAGUAGGAUAUGCGGGUUUUUUCCGCUAUAGUGAGCUAUGUUCAAUUCGUUCUUGUGACGUGAAGUUCUUUGACACAUACUGUGCUAUAUUCGUAGAAUCUUCAAAGACAGACCAGCUGAGAGAAGGUGCUUGGAUUAACAUAGCGCGUACAAGGAAAGAUACUUGUCCAGUCACGGCUAUAGAGAGAUAUAUGAACGCAGCCAAAAUUGGAAUGGAAGAGGAYCUCCCACUAUUCAGAGCUAUAACUCCAACCAAAGUCCGGUCGCAAGGGAUAAGCUACACUAGAGCGAGAGAACUAGUUAAAGAAGCGUUCCAAGGCAUUACAGACGUUUCAAAGAUUAGCCUCCACAGUCUACGUUCAGGCGGAGCCUCAGCGGCAGCCAACGCGGGAGUYCCCGACAGACUCUUUAAAAGGCACGGAAGAUGGUCUAGCGAAAAUGCGAAAGACGGUUACGUUAAGGACAAUUUAGAGUCGCUGUUACUUGUAUCAAAAUCACUAGGAAUUUAGGGCUGAGCCCAGCAA